AUGUCGCGCCCGAAGAAUCAAAACUACAAGGGCCAUGGACUGUCAAAGGGAAAAGAACGAGAGCAGAGAGCAUCAAUCCGGUUCAAGACCACUCUCAUGAAUACUCUCAUGGAUGUCCUUCGCCACAGGCCAGGAUGGGUGGAAGUAAAGGAUGAAGGAGAGUGGGAUUUCUACUGGUGUGAUGUCAGCUGGCUCCGGGAGAACUUUGACCACACCUACAUGGACGAGCACGUGCGGAUCAGUCACUUCCGAAACCACUAUGAGCUGACCCGCAAGAACUACAUGGUGAAGAACCUGAAGCGAUUCCGGAAACAGCUGGAGCGUGAGGCGGGAAAGCUGGAGGCGGCCAAGUGCGACUUCUUCCCCAAAACCUUCGAGAUGCCAUGCGAGUACCACCUGUUCGUGGAGGAGUUCCGCAAAAACCCAGGAAUCACUUGGAUCAUGAAGCCUGUGGCCCGGUCUCAGGGAAAGGGCAUCUUCCUCUUCCGGAGGCUGAAGGACAUCAUGGAUUGGAGGAAGGGUACCGCUGGAAAGAAGCUCACCGGCUUGGAAGCCCCGCCGGCCCGGAACGCUGUCAAUCCCUCUGGCAGCCAUGAUUCGAGAAGUUCUGAUGACCAGAAGGAUGAAAUCCCCGUAGAGAACUACGUAGCUCAGCGCUAUAUCGAAAACCCCUACCUAAUAGGAGGCCGCAAGUUUGAUCUGCGUGUCUAUGUGCUGGUGAUGUCGUACAUCCCGCUUCGGGCCUGGCUGUACCGGGAUGGCUUUGCCCGAUUCUCCAACACCCGCUUCACCCUGAGCAGUAUUGAUGACCAAUAUGUUCACCUCACCAAUGUUGCUGUGCAAAAGACCUCUCCAGACUACCACCCAAAGAAGGGCUGCAAGUGGAUGCUCCAGCGCUUCCGUCAGUACCUGGCAUCCAAGCACGGGCCUGAGGCAGUGGAGGCGCUCUUCAGCGAUAUGGACAACAUCUUCGUCAGGAGCCUGCAGAGCGUGCAGAAGGUGAUCAUCAGUGACAAGCACUGCUUCGAGCUGUACGGCUACGACAUCCUCAUAGACCAGAACCUCAAGCCGUGGCUCCUAGAGGUCAACGCGUCCCCAUCGCUGACAGCCAGCAGCCAGGAGGACUACGAGCUCAAGACCUGCCUCCUGGAAGACACCCUGCAUGUCGUAGACAUGGAGGCCAGGCUCACAGGAAGGGAGAAGCGAGUGGGAGGCUUUGACCUCAUGUGGAAUGAUGGCCCUGUCAGCAGAGAAGAGGGGACUCCUGACCUGUCAGGGAUGGGGAACUUUGUGACCAACACACACCUCGGGUGCGUCAACGACCGGAGCAAUCAGCUGAAGCAGCUGUUCCGCUCCCUUCAGAGCCAGAAGAAAGCCUCCAGUUAAGUUCCCAGCUGCAGGGAGGACAGCGACCCCAGGAAGGUGCUCCGCAGUCCUUGCCUACCUGUUUCCAGCACCGUGGCUGGCGACCUGGAGCCCUUGCCUCCCCUCCUCUGGCCUGGCAGCAGCUUUGCGGGCUCAGCAGCCUGUGGUGCGCGGCUCACUGCUCAUUCUGGGCGCCCUGGAGACCCCAGGCCCACCCUGGGCACCUGUGCGCUGGGAGACAGCCAGUCCCUGGGAAUGGGUGUGCUUUAGCCUUGCAGGACUGGCUUGGCAAUCAGGCCCAGGGAGGACAGCGGCAAGCCCCGCUACCCCAGAGACCAUAUCCAAUAAAUGAGCACAGGCCUUAGUUGGGAGUCACUGCGCACUGGACCUGGUUCAGGGGAUGCUGUUUGCUGACACCAAGUCCUCCUGGGUUUGACCCUUUGAUGUCUCCAAGGUCAGUGCUAAAAUGAUCCUUCAGAAGCAAGGGUUCAGAGACUAGGGAACUGGUCUUAAGGUGUGCAAGCAGUCAUUAGACUGUGUUUAUUGGGCUCUGGGGAAGGGCUGAGCCCUAAAUACACCUUUCUCUCCUUGAAACUCCCAAGCAGGAGAAAUGGAGAAUCCCCAAUUUCUCAGAUAGACAAGGUAAAGGUAAGGAAGGCUGAGGGAUCCCUGGGUGGCGCAGCGGUUUGGCGCCUGCCUUUGGCCCAGGGCGCGAUCCUGGAGACUCGGGAUCGAAUCCCACAUCGGGCUCCCGGUGCAUGGAGCCUGC